AGUUGAAACCCACAAGAGUUAACAACCUCCACAUAGAGUGCGUUUAACUAUCUUUCUGGAUUGUGGUCCCUUCUGUACGAGUUCUUGGGUGUGAAUCUUAACCCCAUAUGGAAAAGAAAAUUGUGCCAAUUGAUCUUAUAUAAACUUAUAUAUAACCGCCCUUCCAAUGGCCUUGCAGCUGUCCCUAAUCUGAUCACAUUUGUUUAAUCUUUGACUUGAACUUCUAUAUUUUUUUUGGUGUCAAACCCAUGUUUGCUUUACUGGGUUGUUACAUGUCUCUGCCAAGUGGGUGUGGUCCUAUGACAUCUGCAAAUCUUUGGCUUUGAUGGUAAGGUCAGCUUUCAAUGCAUUUUAGUUAAUCAGCAGCUAUAUCUUUGCAUUUUUAUAAUCAUGGUUGCUGGUCUUAAUCAGUGUUAAUAAUCCGUGGCUUAUUAAUCAUUAUUUAGCAGUACCUUUUGUCUUUAGAUUUGCGGUGGGUAUUGAUUUGUAAUUGUUGGGUUACUUUCAUUAGGGUUUUGAAGCGAAUCCUACUCAGAAUGCCAUUGGUUUUUUUAACUAUGUAAUUGUCUUCUGGGUUCACUGUAAUCUUGGCAGUUUUGGCAUUUUGCAAUUGAAUUGUUCAUUUUUGUUGAGUUUGGAUGAGAAUGUGUUGUAGGUUUUGUUGUCAUGAAAAUGACUUUUUUGAUUUUAUGGAAAAUUCAAUAAUAUCAGGAUAGUCCGUCUCUGCUAUGAGAAGAUUGUGACGUUGAAGGAGGACCAUUGAGUAAUUCUUUUUCUUUUUCUGCAAGUUGGGGUUGUGGGUGUUCCUCUGCCCUUUCUAUUUGGACAUAUUAUAAAAUUUCCUUUAGUUUGGCAUCACAUGGGCCGACCUUUGGAUCUUUCUUUUAUUAUAAAGGUCUGUUAGUCUUCUAUUUGAACAUUCCGUAUUUAAGAAAUAUGUGGUGGAAAUUUGAUACUAGCACCUGCUUCCAUAUUUAAGGUAUUGUGCUUUGAAAUUCCAGUAUUUAAGGGCUUGUUGUUUGUGGGAAUUCCGCUUAUGAAUAAUUGGUAUUGAAACAAUGAGAACAAGAAGAGGGAAACGCGCUGAGGCAUUUUGGCCUUCAAUUGUGAUGAAGAAAUGGUUGAAUAUAAAACCCAAGGUUAAUGAUUUUAGUGAAGAUGAGAUUGACCCGGAAACUGAAAGCGAAGAUGAUGCUUGCUCUCUUAAAGAUGCAAGAGUGCAUAUGGGCGAGGAUCAUGGCCAUAAGAUACAGGGGAACCGUGCUGCAUACCGAGCUCAAAAUUCAGAUAGUAAAGGCUAUCAGGUGAAACACAGGAGAGGAAAAUCAGAAACUCUGCGUGCCCAGUACAUAAAUACUAAGGAUCCCUUGGUUAUCUGUAGAGUAACAAUAGGCACUUGGAAUGUUGCUGGAGUGCUUCCACAUGAAGAUCUUGAGAUUGAUGAUUGGCUUUGUACAGAAGAACCAUCUGAUAUGUACAUCAUUGGGUUUCAAGAGGUUGUUCCUUUGAAUGCUGGAAAUGUACUUGGAGCGGAGGACAACAGGCCUAUUCCGAAAUGGGAGGCAAUUAUCCGACGAACUCUCAACAAAUCUUUAGCACCUGAAAGCAAACACAAAUGUUACAGUGCCCCACCCUCUCCCGUGUUGAGGACUUCCUCUGUUGCUGAUGCACUUGCAGAUGAGGUUGAUCCUCUGUCAUUAGAAAUUCUGACUGAGAACUAUAUGGAAACUGCGUAUGGUGGUGAUUCAGUGACACAAGAAUUAAACAAAGCAGUUGGUAUGGGAGAAAAUUUUCUCUUGAAGAAAAUGUUUGGAAUUGAACGUGAUAGCAGAUUAGACUGGCCUGAACUACCAUUAGAUGCAAACCCUACAGUUACCUCUUCGAGUUUCAAAAUGCGGAGAGUAUUAAGUAGUGAUGCAAGAAUGGGCCUGAGUUGGGCAGACAAUUGUCUAAUAUUUAGCCCCCAAAAUGUUGCAUUGAAUGCCAGUCGAUUGAAAAGAUCACAUCAUAGCUCUGGAGACCUGCGUUCAAUUUGCACGGAGUAUCAAGAGAGGCCUGAAGUCCUCGAUUCUCAGCCUGAAGUUCUCGAUUCUCUAUCUGACGUGUCUGAUGGUUUAUCUGAAGGGGAGGAUGAUCAUUUUGAAAUUCCAAAGGAACAAUAUGAUGAUGAAGAUGUUAGAACUAGGGUGAAGUCACGUCCUAAAUAUGUGCGAAUUGUUAGCAAGCAGAUGGUAGGAAUAUACUUAUCAAUUUGGGUGCGCAAAAGGUUAAGGAGACAUAUAAACAAUGUGAAAGUCUCUCCAGUAGGAGUUGGUCUCAUGGGCUACAUGGGAAACAAGGGAUCUGUUUCUGUUAGCAUGACUCUUUUCCAGUCAAGGUUGUGCUUUGUCUGUUCACAUCUGACCUCUGGUCAGAAGGAUGGGGCCGAACAGAGGCGUAACGCUGAUGUAUUUGAAAUAAUAAGACGUACCUUUUUCUCAUCUAUAAUUGAUGCAGAACAAGCGCAGACGAUCCCAUCUCAUGAUCAGAUAUUCUGGUUUGGAGAUUUGAAUUAUCGUCUCAAUAGGUUGGACGCAGAAAUUAGGAAGCUUGUUGCUCUGAAACAGUGGGAUGAACUGAUUAGCAAUGACCAGUUAAGCAAAGAACUUCGGAGUGGGCGUGCAUUUGAUGGAUGGAAAGAGGGGGUGAUAGACUUUCCUCCCACUUACAAGUAUGAGAUAAACUCUGAUAGAUAUGUUGGCGAAAACCCAAAGGAAGGAGAGAAGAAGAGAUCUCCAGCGUGGUGCGAUCGAAUACUCUGGUUAGGGAAAGGAAUAAAACAACAUUCAUACAAGCGCACAGAAAUAAGGCUCUCGGAUCACCGCCCUGUUAGCUCCAUAUUCACGGUUGAAGUUGAAGUCUUAGAUAAUCGGAAGUUGCAAAAGGCACUAAAUGUCAACAGCGCAGCUGUACAUCCUGAGAUUUUCCUUGACGAACGUGGGGACAUAUAACCUUGAGCAAACACCAGGUCAUUUUAACAAAGUUGAAUGAUUGGUGUCUUUUUAUGACAGACUGGUAAGACAAUGCUGCACUUUUCUACUCCAGUAAUGACCAUAGUCAGCAUGCAAGGGAAUGUGUAGUGCUGGUUUUCCAAGAGAAAUGCGGGACGUGAAGUUGUUUGUGUUAGCGUUUGAGUCCAUAUAUACGAAAACAAAAUCUAACCCAGAAAUUGUUUAUGUUGGUGGGAUUGAUGUACAGAGAGAGCUCAAUAUGAACCUUGAACAAAUAGUGACUGACCUCCAUGGUUGAGUAACUUGAGUUUUGUUCUUUGGUUUCCUUGUCUUGCAAGUCUAUGUUAAACAUUGUUCCUGUCUAGGAUCUUUUCUUCUUGUCCUCUCUUCGGAUUUUGUAGUCAUUCUAUACUUUGUAAGAAACUAAUUAAAAAAAAAGGGUAUUCUUUCU